CUCGUUGCCGCACCACCACGCCCACGCCACGCCACGCCACGGAAAGGGAAGCUUCCAGAGCUCACGCACGCAACCAAAACCCGAAUUCCCAUUCCCCUUCCCCUUCCCCUCUCGCGCGCCCGCCCACGGGAUUUCCUCCUCCGCCGCCGCCCUCCCUCCCUCCAUCGUCAGAUCUAUCCAUCCGUAAGCACCCCACCUGCUUUCCACUCGAUCCGCGCGCCCCUCCCGCCGCCGUCGCCGGCCCUUCAUCUGACUCCCCCCCUCCCCUCUCCGCCUCCUCGCCGCUGCAGGUGAUUCCGUCGGGGGCGGGCCACAUGGCGUCCACGGCUGCGGCGGCGCUCGCGGUGACGGACGAGCUGGCCCUGCCGCUCCGCGCGGUGGGGGACCUGGCGGCGGCCGCCGGGGUCUCGCGGGAGGAGGUCGUCGUCAUCACGCAGUGCGCCUCGCUCGGUGGGAAGUUGCCUUUUGAUGAUGCAUCGGUGGGUGCUGUUCUAUCUGUCAUAAAAAAUGUGGAGAGCUUUGGGGAUAAGUUGGUUGCUGAAAUUAGCCGAGUGCUGAAAGCUGGUGGAAUUGUGCUGGUACAGAGCUUCACACCCUCUGCUGAUCAGAAGCCAAACAAUUAUAUCGAGCGCCAGCUACUCAUGGGAGGUUUUGUUGAAGUGCAAGCUUCUGCCACAAGCUCGCAGGAUAGUGUGCAAUCUGUUACUAUCAAGGCAAAGAAGCCCUCGUGGAGUAUGGGUUCUUCCUUCCCCCUGAAGAAAGCAGUAAAGGCUCUUCCAAAGAUUGAAAUUGACGACGAUGAUGAACUGAUUGACGAAGACAGCCUCUUGACUGAGGAGGACUUGAAGAAGCCACAGCUUCCAGUUGGAGAUUGUGAGGUGGGAGCUACAAAGAAGGCAUGCAAGAACUGCAGUUGUGGCAGGGCCGAGGCUGAGCAGAAGGUGGAGAAGCUGGGGCUCACUGCAGAACAGAUUGAUAACCCUGUCUCAGCUUGUGGCAGUUGUGGGUUGGGCGAUGCGUUCCGAUGCAGCACCUGCCCAUACAGAGGCCUGGCGCCGUUCAAGUUGGGCGAGAAGGUUACCUUGUCUGACAACUUCCUCUCGGCCGACAUAUGAUGACGGACAGCAGCUGCGGAUAUGAAAUGUGCCUUGUUGGAUUUGUUGGUUCGUUAGGAAGAUAUAUCUGCGUACGUUUUUUUCGUGGUGAUGGUGGUUACAGCAAAAGAAGAGUGCGUUUGGAGUAGCAGCUCGUGUUAGCAUGUCGUGCGUGUCCUUUCUCUCCCACCUAGGCUGAAGCGAGAAUUGGAUCGUGUGUGCGCCUCUGUAUUCGGCAAGAAGAUUACAUGCAUGUAAUUUGACGAAGAAACAUAUGAUGGAAAGACUUUGGUCUGCUA